AUAAUGAAAAGCCCAUGAAAGUGAUAGAGGAUGAAGACCUUGUGGACCAGCAGCUCAUCAGUGAAUUGAGGAAAGAGUAUGGGAUGACCUACAAUGACUUCUUCAUGGUGCUGACAGACACUGACAUGAAGGUCAAGCAAUACUAUGAAGUACCUAUAGCAAUGAAGUCUGUGUUUGAUUUGAUCGACACUUUCCAGUCACGAAUUAAAGACAUGGAAAGACAGAAAAAAGAGGGCAUUGUCUGCAAAGAAGAUAAGAAGCAAUCCCUUGAGAGCUUCUUAUCCAGGUUUCGAUGGAGAAGGAGGCUGGUGGUGAUCUCUGCUCCCAGUGAUGAAGACUGGGCUUAUUCCCAGCAGCUUGCUGCUCUCAGUGGACAAGCCUGCAAUUUUG